AUUGGUGAUAGAGUUGAGAAGUUCACAUGUACACACACGUAUAGACUGUGGCAGGUGGAUUGGAAUAUCGAUCGGACUAAUAUGCAGCCGUUUAUUGUUCAACACCUGAUGCGCUAGGGAUUUAGAAGCACGAGAGGGCAGAAAUGAAGAAACUUCUAAGCUGAAGAUUUGAAGACAUCAGGAUUGGUACAAAAUAGCAAAAAAUUAAAGAUGGAAAAAGGCAGUGAUCCAGAAAGUGGAAGGACAGAAAGUCCAAAAGCCAGUCAAUAUAGAAUAAACCCAGAGCGUCGCAUCGCCAUACGUCCCGUUAUCUGCCAGGGCAAAGAAAUCACCUAAAGAUGGGGCAUCUGAUGUUCCGCAGCUCAACCUUGAGCGACCACGACGACCUUGGACAGCUCAUCCAAAGACACGAUCAGACAUGUCUGCCAACAGGGUUGUAAGAUCUACUCAACUCAGGAAGUCCCACAUGCGGCCCCCAGCAAGAACAACAUUGCCGAGUACUACAGAGGACGAGAAACUGACCGUGAUGGGGCUAGACACACAGGCUAUGCUAGGCUUCACCCCACAGACCUAUCAACUCCCAGCCACACCCACUGACCUAGGUCAGGGAGUCAGAACCCUGGUCUCUGAUGACCAGAGACCAAAAACGCCAAAAGAGGGAUGGACUAUUACCAAGGUAGCAGACUCCAACAAAGAAUCGACCCCAGAGCGCUCUAAGAAACGUCACCCUUCGUUUGAGACGUGGGUAACAGGCUCCCCUCAUGACUCUGACGAAUACGACACAGACCUGGAAACAGAUUUACUCAAAAAGGAGGAAUACCCUACUGACCCCACAGGUAAAUCUGUUUACCAGGACCAGUGUCGGCGACAAGGUGUGGUACCUGUAUCGUUCCUGUUCCGUCACCUUGGUGACAGGAACCUGAGAAUGAGACACCAUUACCUUGGAGGAGAAGGAACCAAACCUGUGGCUGCAGCACUUCAGUUUAACACAGUGACAGAGGCGCUUGACCUUGGAGACAACUACCUCCAGGCCGAGGGGGCGAUGUACCUUGCCAGGAUGAUGAGGGACAAUACAUUUAUAGUUUACUUGGACAUCUCAAACAAUUUCAUCAAAUCGUCUGGUGCCGAGGCUAUAGCUGAGAUGUUGGAGGUGAAUACAACACUGAAGACAAUAUCUCUGUCAGGAAACCAGCUCAGUGACAAAGAUGCCUUACUGUUCGUUGAUGCCCUGAAGAGCAACAUAUCUCUGACCUCACUCGACUUCAGCAAUAACAACUUUGGGGAGAUGGCAGGUGUCUAUAUAGGGGGCGCUCUGUUACUUCUCAAAAAGUACUAA